AUGCCGUCCAAGCCGAGGGCCAGCGAGCCCGCUCGGCAGCCAGGCUCCAAAUCCGCCGGCAAGCGUAACGUCAGUCAACCGACUGCCUCCUCAUCCUCCUCCUCCGCAAAGUUCUAUACGACAGCCAAGGGCGUCAAAGUUCAGUCGAAGCAAGGCGUGCACGGCCAUGACAGCAAGGUCCUCGAGGUCACGAUACCGCAGCAGCAGACCAAGAAGACCCGCAAGUCGAGCAAGCGACGAAACCCCAUCGUGGCCCUGGUCACGCUCCUCCCCCUCGUCCUGCUAGCGUCGCUCUUCUCGACCGUCCUCUGCCCCCCGCCGGCAUCUGAGCCUAACAGUUUCAGCAAGUACGCGCUAAGGUCCUUAGGCCUGGGCAAGAAGCAUGACCACCACUCGCUUCACCAGACCCUUUGUUACCCGGCCAACCAGUACUACACUCACGUCCUCGAGCCGUACGUCUACCCCGCCAUCGAAGACGUCCGCUCCAAGGUUCACUCGCACCCGACCUACAAGCAGCACAUUGAGCCCCACUACCACAGGACCAAGGAUGCCGCGACCCGUGUCUGGAACGGCCCCGUCAAGCCUGUUGUGGACCGUGUCUCGCGCGGAGCAAACAAGCUGUACCGCCAGUACAUUGCCCCGCACAUCCCCUACGUCAAGGCCAAGUUUAUCGAGGCGACUGCGCCCCUCACGCUCCACGCCAAGAACCAGUACAACACUCACCUCUCGCACCACGUCAAGGCUGGAAAGCACCACGCUUGCGCUGGAUUCAAGAGCCUGAAGGGUCACUACAACACUGCCUCGCAGCACCACUUCACGGCCCAGGCCAAGAAGCACGCCUGCCAUGCCUACCGUGUUGGAAAGCAGAACCUCCACAAGGCUUACGUUUACUCCAAGCCCCGCGUCGAGUAUGCCUACCACGAGGCCAACUACCACUUCCACAAGACUGUCCUCCCGAAGACGUGCGAGGCUGUUCGCAACAUCUCCGAGUUUGUCGCCAGCACCUGGCGUCUCAUCAAGGCGCACGCCAAGCUCUUCUACAACGACCACCUCGCUGAGCACGUUGGCCCUCACGUCAAGAAGUUUAAGGCCGCCGUCCAGCCCUACUGCAAGACCUUUGACGAGAAGGUCUACACCCCCUACGUCGCCCCGGCCGUUGCGGCCGUCGCUCCCCACGCGAAGCAGGUGAACAAGGACUUCUGGCAGCUCAUUUCGGACCUCGUUCCCGGCGUCGGCAACAUUGCCGAGUCCCGCGGUUCGACUCUUCGCGACAGGGUUCAGGACAAGAAGCUCAACUGGCAGGCCAUGCAGGAGGCUAAGAAGCAGCAGGCCGACGCCUCCAAGGCUGCCAAGGAGGCGAAGAAGAGCGUCGAGAGCGCCGCUAGCGUAGCCCAGAAGAGCGCUGAGAGUGCCGCCAGCGUGGCCAAGAAGAGUGCUUCGAGCGCUGCCACCCAGGUCAGCAAGGCGACUGUCCAGGCGAAGAAGGACGCGAAGACCGCUGCCAGCGUCGCUGAGAGCUAUGCCUCUGACGCCUCCAAGCGUGCCAAGGCCACCGCCUCGUCUGUCGAGAGUGAGGUCCGCAAGGCUACCGACAAGGCCAAGAAGGACGCUCCCUCCAUCUCGAAGAGCCUCAAGGCUUCCGCUUCGUCUGCCGAGACUGUCGUCCGUCGUGCGACCGACAAGGCCAAGAAGGACGCCGCCUCCGUUGCUGAGAACGUUAAGGCGUCCGCCGUCUCUGUCGAGGCCGAGGCUCGCCGCGCCACCGACAAGGUUAAGAAGGACGCCGCCUCGGCUGCUGAGCACGUCAAGGCGUCCGUUUCUUCCAUCUCCAGGGAGGCCGACAAGACUGCCUCUACUGCGUCCCGCCACCUGAAGGCUUCCGCCUCGUCCGUCAGCACCGAGGCCGAGAAGGCGACCGCCCACGUCAAGAAGGAGGCCUCGUCGGCUUCCAUCCGCGCCGCCGCCUCCGCCUCUUCCGCAUCGCUCAAGGCCAAGGCGUCUGCUUCCUCCGCCUCCAUCCGCGCCAGGGUCUCCUCCGCCUCGGUCGAGCGUGACGUCGAGCACGCCACCGACAGCGUCAAGAAGAACGCCGCCUCUGCCACCGAGCAGGCCAAGGCUUCCGCCUCGUCCGCGCACAAGAAUGUCAAGGACACUGCCGAGAAGGUCAAGAAGGGCGCUGAGCGCGUCGUCGAGGCUGCCGGCGUCGCCGCCGCUGUUGGUGCCGAGAAGGCGAAGGCCUCUGCCGACAAGGUCAAGGCUUCUGUCGCUUCGGCUGGCGAGGACGCCAAGGCCUCUGUCGCCUCUGGUGCCGCCAAGGCUAAGGCUUCCGCCUCGUCUGUCAGCAACGCUGCUGCCGCUGGCACUGACAAGGCCAAGGCCUCUGUUGCCUCUGCUGGCGAGAAGGCCAAGGCUUCCGUCGCGUCUGCCGGCGAGAAGGCCUCGGCUUCUGCUGUUUCUGCCGGCGAGAAGGCCUCGGCUUCCGCCGCCUCGGCCAAGCAGGACGCCAAGUCUGCCACCCAGCAGGUCAAGAAGGCGACCGACACUGCCACCAAGGCCACCGCCACUGCCACCGCCACUGUCGUCGUCGCCGACGAGCCCGGAGCUCAGAAGGUCAUCGCGAAGGAGGACGUCGAGACGGACCACGGCGCGGUCGCUGACCAGCUCUCGGCUCUGAAGAAGAAGAUUGACAACACUGGCCGCAACGUCUACGGCAAGGUGCAGAGCGAGCUCGUCAAGGCGUACCAAAAGUUCAUCGACCACGACAUUCCCGAGCGCCAGGCGAUCGGCGUGCAGAGCCUGGACCGCGAGAUCACGCGCAUGUUCAACGGCCUGGACCGUCUGUACUCGAACUCGAAGACGCUCACGCGCGACCAGGUCGCGGAGAGCGUGCGCAUGAGCGACGCCAAGGUGUCCAAGGUUCUGCAGACUGUGCGCCACGGCGUUGCGUCGUACCAGGACCGGAUCGCGGACCCGGCCAAGGGCGCGAUCGACUCCGCCAAGGCCGAGCUCAACAAGCUCGAGCAUGAGGUCGAGAGCCUCGGCAAGCGUCUCACAGCCAAGGCCGACACGAGUAACAGGGAGUGGGCGGGCUACAAGGGCCUGAAGCGCGACGUCGAGAGCUGGAAGAACAAGAUCGAGACGUCCGAGCCGGGCAAGAAGCUGAAGGAGGUGCAGCAGAAGGCCAAGGUCGCCAUUGCCGAGGUGCAGACUGAAUUUGACGAGAUGUUUGGCGGAUGGAGGGAGCACCGCGACCGCAUCCGCCAGGUUGCGCUGGACCGGAUUGAGGCAAGGGAGACGGUGGCCAAGGAGAAGGGCAAGGCGAACACGGCGACGAUUCAGAAGUGA